AACCCCUCCGAACCUCUGUUUCUCUUCAACAGUGAGAAGCCUGACCUAGAAGAUCUCCAGAGGCCCUCUGAACUCUUAGAUAUUGGGCUCUUUUGAUAGACUUGAGGCAGGAGGGGGUCAGGAUCAGGGAGGGAAUUAGACCUCCUCACCUUCCCGGGGAUGGGGCUGAGUCAGGUGAUAUCACAAUGGGCAGUGCCCAUCCUGGAGGGGACAUCAGUGUGGGGUGGGAGCAGGAAGGCUGUUGGGGAAGGAAGCUGAGAGAUCCUCUGCAGGAGGGGAUUACAGCAGCUAGGGGCACCUGCCAGGCUGGAGGUGUGGGUUAUCUAGGGGAAGGGUGGUCACUGAUGUCCAGCAGGAGCCCUUGACAGGUAGAGCCCAUCACAGCAUCUCCAAGACCACACCAUGUUCCUGUUCUCCCGUAAGACCAAGACCCCUAUCAGUACCUACAGUGACUCCUACAGGGCUCCCACCUCCAUCAAGGAGGUCUAUAAGGACCCACCUCUAUGUGCCUGGGAAGCCAACAAGUUUCUGACUCCGGGUCUGACUCAUACCAUGGAGCAACAUGUGGAUCCCGAAGCCUUGCAGAAGAUGGCCAAAUGUGCUGUACAGGACUACACUUAUAGGGGGCCCAUAUCAGGCCACCCCUACUUGCCUGAGAAGUACUGGCUUUCUCAAGAGGAAGCAGACAAAUGCAGCCCAAACUACCUGGGCAGUAACCGGUACAACACAUGGAGGAUGGAACCUUACAACAGCAGCUGCUGUAACAAGUAUACCACCUACCUUCCUCGGCUGCCUAAGGAGGCCGGGAUGGAGACAGCAGUUCGAGGAAUGCCCUUGGAAUGCCCUCCUAAGCCGGAGCGGCUCAAUGCCUACGAGCGCGAAGUGAUGGUGAACAUGCUGAACUCACUGUCGCGGAACCAGCAGCUGCCGCGGAUCACGCCCCGAUGCGGGUGCGUGGACCCGCUGCCCGGCCGCUUGCCCUUCCACGGUUACGAAAGUGCUUGCUCAGGCCGCCACUACUGUCUGCGUGGGAUGGACUACUACGCCAGCGGGGCGCCCUGCACCGACCGCCGCCUGCGGCCUUGGUGCCGGGAGCUACCGACUGUAAGGUUCGCAGGGCUCCGCCCGCCUCAGCCGGGCUCCACCCCACACAAGCCCCGCCCCAGAACCCCGCCCGCUUCCAGCUCGGCCCGCCUCAGUGCCGGCCCCCAGCCUGCUCUAGCACCGCGCGGCAGGCUCUCGACGCCGCGCCGUGUCCCGCCCUCGGGCUCCAAGGCCUGAACUAACAACUGAGGCGGGAGAACCAGCACGAAGUUGUGUACCUCCCUACGAGCACCGGCCCGGAAUGCAGUGUGCUGUUACAACUCCCCCGCCGUCAUACUACCCAUAUCCGAACCUUAGG